GUGGCGGCGGUUGUGUGGAACUUGAUACGAAGGACCCGGGAUGUUCUCCUUGCUUUGGGAGGGCAACCUGUGAUUAGCCAAGGAAGGAGGCGAAGCGCGCUCCAAUUGGCUAGUAGGCGCGGUUUCUAAGUCCCGCCUCCUGCUGAGGGACAGGCCUGGCUGCGCGGGGUUGUAGUUUGGCUGAGGGACGGGCCCGGCGAGGAAAGGGACGCUGGCCUGCCAGUUCACACACUCUUCCCCACCUGAUGUUAGGGCCCUUCCUUCACUUACUGCCAAGAGGUCACUGGUUCCUGAAGCAGGAAACUGCGCCCACUGUAGGGUCCAUACCUUGGGCGACUGACCCUCGCUGCUGACUGGCCACAUCUCCCUCAUGCCGCUUGGACUAGGCCGACGGAAGAAGGCCCCACCGCUGGUGGAGAAUGAGGAAGCCGAGCCCAUUCGCAGUGGCCUGGGCGGGCUGGGGGUAGGCAGCGUUGGUGUGGUUGGCGGGGCACUUCAGCCUGGCCUCCCCCCACCCCCUGCCAGUCUCCGCCCUCGACUUGUGUUCCACACCCAGCUGGCCCACGGAAGCCCCACUGGCCGGAUUGAGGGCUUUACCAAUGUCAAAGAACUGUACAGUAAAAUUGCCGAGGCCUUUAAAAUCUCACCAGCCGAGGUGAUGUUCUGCACCUUAAAUACCCACAAAGUGGACAUGGAAAAACUGUUGGGUGGCCAGAUUGGCCUAGAGGAUUUCAUCUUCGCCCACACAAAGGGCCAGAGGAAGGAGGUUGAGGUGUUCAAAUCUGAGGAAGCCUUGGGCCUGACCAUCACGGACAACGGAGCUGGCUAUGCUUUUAUCAAGAGAAUCAAGGAAGGGAGUGUUAUUGACCGGAUCCAAGUCAUCAAUGUGGGGGACAUGAUCGAGUCUAUCAAUGGACAGAGUCUUAUUGGCUGCCGGCAUUAUGAGGUCGCCAAAAUGCUCAAGGACCUGCCCAAAGGCCGCACUUUCACACUGAAGCUUACUGAGCCCCGGAAGGCUUUUGAUAUGAUCAGUCAGCGGUCUGCAGGAGGCAAACACAGCGGGAGCGCUCAGCUUGGCACAGGAAGGGGCACCCUGCGGCUUCGAGCCAAAGGACCAGCUACUGUGGAGGAACAGCCAUCUGCAUUUGAGGAAAAGGCCAUUGAGAAGGUUGAUGAUCUUUUGGAGAGUUACAUGGGCAUCCGUGACACAGAGCUAGCUGCUACCAUGGUGGAGCUGGGAAAGGACAAACGGAAUCCUGACGAAUUUGCAGAGUCCCUGGACGAGCAGCUGGGGGACUUUGCCUUCCCCGACGAGUUUGUCUUCGACGUCUGGGGAGCGAUUGGCGACGCCAAGGUUGGGCGCUACUAGGACUCUGCGCCCUCUGCUGGACCCUGCAGGCAGGACUACUAGGCAGGCCACUGGUGGGCCUGGCACACCACUGUGCCCUCACUUCGAUGCUGGGCCACACCUGCCUCCUUUCCCUAGGGGCUGGAGAGGCCCUCAAGCAAUAAGUCACCUGCAUUAAUGACUGGAGUGUAAUGUGAAUGGGGGCCAGAAUCACUGCUGCUGACCACCUCUUUGUGCAUGAGGCUCCCUCAGACCUGAACACAGUCCCCUAGGAGUCCCUUGCUGCCAGUUCUUGGCUUCUGCCACUCUGCUCAUACAGUUUGCUGUUCUCAGGGAGAUGCAGCUGCUCCUUGCUGGUUUCCAGGCCUAUCCUUGAACGAGGAUAUGCACGCAUCCUGAUAGGCAGUUAGUCUGGGGGGAAUCUCACAGGCACUCUCGGGCGACAGAUGAGGCUGGGGUGAGUUCAGAUGGGUUUGGACAGCCCUGACACAACCAUUUGGGUGGGUGGGUGGGCAGGUGCGGCAAAAGCUCCUCACUGUGCAUAUCUGCUCUGGAUAGGCUAAGAGGGUACACACACUCAUCCCUCUUUUCCAGCAUGAACAUCCUCUGCUGGUCCAGCUCCAGUCCAUUUUGGUACGAUAUGCACUGGGAAGCUGUUUCUCUUGCCACAGGUGGACCUCGUUUCAUAGCUGCUCUCUCUUGCUUGAUCCUCAUAGCUUGGCUUUGGGUAGUAAAUGCAAGAGAGGCACUCAGAAAUCAGAGAGCAUCAGAUUACAAGGUAAAAAAAAAACUGGUGGAGGAAAUAAAGUCCCCGACCCCAAUCUUGUUUUCUAGAGAGAUCCUUUCCUUCCAUGUGGCUAGGCAGUCCUUCCAGCUGAGUUUCGGCUGCUGGUCCUACCCUGCCUAACAAAGCCUGCCUCUGCUUCCCGGCCCCAUCGUCAGCUGUUGAACUUGAAUCCAUUUUGAGUGGCAGUCUCAAGCUUCCUUUGGUUGGGCAUGGCUGAGAACAGCUGGCAGCAAAGACACAAGGCUGUAUAGCCAGCCCCUUCCCCUGAAUGGAUCUGGCUUGUCCUGCCCCCAACCACUUCCCCAGAGGGAAGCGUGGUUUCAAGGCCCACCUCCUCUUUAACCGCCACCCCCCAUCUGCAGCUGAGCUUCUUGCCCCCAGUUACUCACUUUGUGGAUAGUACAAAGAUUGUCAUCCCAUGUGACUCACUGGCGAUGAGCCAUUGCUGAGCCUGUCACACCAGUGGCAUUCCCCCGUCCCAAUUACUGCUGGGAAUAUUCCCUUGCUGGACUGGUUCUGGGGAACUCCUCUGCUCAGGGUGAUACUGCUUGGCACUGGGGACGUUCCCAGAGGGCAGCAAAACCACAAGCAGCAACAGCAGCAGGUUCUCCUUGCAGUCUGGGUUUGGGCAUGUCCUUGUCGAGAUCUGUCUUUGACUAAUCUGUCCAACUUUGUCAUACUGACCUACCUCCCAGGGUGGCCCAGUUAAUAAUGCCUGAAAAGCUGCCUCUGUUAAAUUAUUGAUAUUCUCUCACUGACACUACACACGCGCGCACACACACCCAAAUGUUGGGCCUCUUCCCUGUACUGUAUCCCAAUACUGUAGUUCAGGCACUGUCUGGUCACCCUAGGAGCCAUGAAGGCCCCCUCCCUCUUCAAUUACACCUCACAGCCCCAAUCCACCUACUGUAUCUCUUUAAGACACUAACCCCAAGUAGGAUGUGGAGCCUAGUUGCCCUCGGGACCCACACCUCAUGCUCAGAGUGGGUGAGGUUUCUGCCAAGCCUUGCUGCCUUCCUGUGCCCUGGCACUGGAAGCCUUGUGGGUAGACCAGGCACCACAUUCUCCUUGGGCAUAUUUUUGUAUUCUAUGUGUAAAGCAUCUUUAAGAUAAAAAUAUAUUGACAUUACUAAA